AUUUUAGCUAAAAAAAAAAUAAUGCAAUUUUUGGUAAUUGGUAGUUUCGUAUAAAUUAAUUAAUAAUUAAUACAUCAACAUGUCAGAAAAACAAAAAAAUAUAGAAAGUGAUAAAAAUCGCGCUUCUGCUCUAAAUGAAACUUUUAAUGAAAGGCGAACCUCUAAUCCUAAUUAUAAUUCACCUAACCGCAGUAUGAUUGCUGUAAUUGUCUAUUUGGCCUUAUUGUUGGAUAAUGUUCUGUUGACUGUUAUUGUGCCCAUUUUGCCAGAUUAUCUUGCUACCAUAAAUAACAGAACAAAAACAACAACAUUACAUUACGCUUCACUGGAUGCAGUCGUAGCAGCAACAGGCGUUAAAAAUAUAAAUGACAGCGGUGGCCUUGGUAUCCUUGGGGCUGCGGCGACAGCACAGCAUUUAGCUUAUCGUAAUCUGGACGGUACAGUGGCACAGCAACAGCAGCAUAAUCAACAACAACAACAGCAGUCGACACUAAUACAACAAUACCAACAACAGCCACACAUUAUGACAAAACAUCCAAUACCCGGUAAAUCGAUGGUUAAUUUUUCAUUGAUUCACUUGGUAAACGAUGAUAAUAACAGCAAUAAUAAAGUGUUAAUGGUGACGCCAAUAAAUGAACAACAACAGCAAAACCAACGGAAUUGGAUAUCCAACGAACAUACUGAGAAUAGUCAAAUCGAUAAAACUUCUUUGGGGUUAAUAAAUAACAAUAGCAACAAAGAGGCAGUAAAUAAAAAUACAACCAUAAACCUAAAGGAUCAUAACAAUGAGAAUGCUAAUCUGGCUAGUGAAAACGGUUCAAUUGGAAUUUUGUUGGCGAUGAAGGCAUUAGUACAAUUAAUAUUUAAUCCCAUUGUCGGUAAUAUGUCUACCAAGUAUGGUUAUCGUUUACCUAUUGUUAUGGGAACAUUUUGUCUACUAAUUUCAUCUUUAGUAUUUGCUGUUGGCGAAUCAUAUCCAACAUUAUUAAUUGCUCGUUCCGUCCAGGGCAUAGGUUCAGCUUGUAUUGGUGUUUGUGGCAUGAGUUUGGUGGCACAGCAUUAUCCAGAAGAAGAUCGUCGUUCAAAAGUGAUGGGUAUAAUUUUGGGCAGCAUUGCAUUAGGUGUUCUACUUGGUUAUCCAUUCGGUGGCAUACUGUAUGAUUUAUUUGGAAAAUCGGCACCAUUUAUUAUACUAUCUACCAUCAUUUUUAUUAACUUAGGCAUGCAAUUAGUAACUAUGGACUUAUCGGUACAACCUGAGGUUAUUGUGAAUGUUGAUCGACUACAACCAAAAUGGAAGCCAUUACUGCAAAGCAAAAUGAUUUUGGCUAUUGUUAUAGCAAUAUGGUUUUCAACAUCGACGAUGGCCAUAUUGGAACCAUGUUUACCCAUUUGGUUAAUGCAAUAUUUAAAACCAACAAAAUGGCAAUUAGGCACUGUAUUUAUACCCGAUUCUAUAGGCUAUUUUGUUGGCACGAAUUUCUUUGGCAGCAUAGCCUAUAAAUAUGGACAAAUUAAAAUAUCCUGUAUAUCAUUAUUGUUGGUGGGAAUAUCUUCGGUGUUGAUACCUAGUGCCACAACUGUUGCACAAUUACUACUGCCUCAUUUUGGUUUAGGGUUAGGUAUUGGCAUUAUUGAUGCUGCUUUAGUUCCUCUAUUGGCCACAUUUGUUGACGCGACUUUGGCACAGGAAGAUCAAAUUGAUACGGAUGCAAAAAUUUCCAGUAGUUCACAUACCAUGUCAAGUUAUGGUACCGUUUAUGCUAUACAACAGACAUCGGUUAGUUUGGCCUAUUGUUUGGCACCUCUAAUUGGUGGAGAAUUGGCCCAGGCUUUCGGAUUUGCUUGGCUUAUGCGUAUUGUUGGUUUUUUCAAUAUAAUAUAUGGUCCAAUAUUGGUGUGCUUGUAUUAUAAAUAUGAUCCAAAGAUUUUACGCGAUAGACAAAAUGAAAUGCUGCUAAGUUCUACUGGAGCUGGACACGGCAGUAAAUAUAAACAACUCUAUAAUUCUGUAGACACAGAAUGAAAUUGAGUGUCUCUCACAAAACUACAACUAUUCUUUAGCAAUGUCUAUAAUUUCUACUUUAUGUACUUAAAAAAUUAUUUGGUGUUGAUAUUCAAAAUAUAAUGAGACUAUUUAAAAACAAAAAAAUUUGGUUUCGAAAAAAAACAUAAAAAAAAAUCUUGCAAAGAUUAAAUGAACUAAAAUAUCUCUAUAAAUUUCCCCCGAAUUUAGAAAAAUAUCUUAUAAAUAUAAAUCUAAAAACUCAAAUUAAAUAAUAAAUAGAUUAUUGGAUACAUAAGUCUCUAUAUAUUCGAAUCGUUAUCGAAUAAAUUAUAUCUAUAUCAAACUACUUUGCUUAAC